GUAUACAUUAAUGUGUUUUGAUGUAAAUAAAAAAAAUCCCACAUAUUGGAUUUGUUUCAGUUCAAUUUCACCAUGUAAUUUGAUGCUUUGUAGCAUUAUAAAUAACUAUAAUCAUCACAAUUGUUUUCUCUUCUUAUAGGCUUAAUCAAUCAAUUUAUUUAUUUGGUAUUUUAACUUGACUGCAGUCAAACAAGGUGUCAUACAUUAAAAAAAAUGCUUUAUUCAAAUGCAUCUCCAGCCCACAUCAGUCUGACAUGAAGUGUAGAUUAUUUGUGUAAAGCAGUCUUCUCAUGUUGACAUUUUUACUUGUAUAAUAUUAUUAUGGAUAUUGGUACAUACAUGGUUCUGUUUAUCUGAAUGUUUGAAUGUAUGUUAUAUUUUUGUGGGUUUUAAAUCCCUGACCAAUAGGUCCACCUGUUGCUCUGCACAGCAGCUAUGUUCUGAUUCUCUCAUGGUGGAAUGAUCUGACCAUCUUAGCUCGAACAGCAGCCUCAUUUACAGUCUGAAAAAAGGAAAUCGAAACCUGAAUUAUUGUGCAACUUCAUAGUCAUAGCAGAAAACAUUGAGACUCCUUCAAAUAAUAAAAGUUAAGCCCAAAUGACCAUUUCUGAAAACUUUCCUGACAUGGAACCGUCCUAGAGGAAGGAAAAUCUUCACAGAUGUUCUUUCUUAGGACAUUUAAAAAAAAAAAAAGCACUUUAUUACACUUUGACCUUUAUUUUUGCUUGUUUUGCUCCUUAAAUUUUAGCUGGUGUUUGAUAAAAGUGUCUUUUGACUUAGGUCUCAUAGCCUUGAUUUUACCCAUGAAGUGGUUAAGCGCUUUUUAUAAAUAAAGUUUGACUGAUUAAUUAAUUGAAUCAUUUUACCUGUGUCAUUUCCAACUAGACUUGUAAGUAUUUCAAUGAACAUUUAUUAUUUUGUCAUUAAUAUAACAUUUUCUUCAUUAUUACCCAACUAGAUUAUUGAAAAAAAUCAUGCAAUGUAAGUUUGUGAAACAUUUUUCUACAUUCAAACACUGACAGUUGAAAUGUUUCUAUGAGAUAAAAAAAACUGAUCAGUAUAACCAACCUGUCUAGUUAGACAGGUUGGUUAUACUUUCUGUUCCUGCUUUAUAACAAUCAGAAAAUAAGAAGUCCCGGGAGAGGAAACUGUUGUUAAGCAGCUCACAGCAACAGAGACAUCGGAACCAAAGUGGACCUGGACUUGGAUCUGUACCAGGAUUAUUGACUUCAGAAAUGUGGAUACAACCCCGAGAGCUCAGUUCUUUGAACAGAACUGAAUUCUGACCCUUUCUGACUUCUUCUGAUGUUUGUUGCCUCUGAACAGCCCUGAAAUGCAUGUUUUUAAAGUUUGAAUUUCCUGCUAUCGAGCCUGGUCUCCAUUUUGGCUCCUACUCCACCAGUUCCUGGCAACAACUAUUGCUUCAGUUCAACUCCACAGAAGAUCAGUCCACCAUGUCUGUGGUUGACUUCACCAGAACAAGAUGAAAAAAUUCUUAGCUCUGCUCUUCCUCUGUUAUGCAGUUUCUGCAGUGAAACACUCCCUGAAGUUCUUCCUAACUGGCACUUCUGGAACAACAAACUUCCCAGAGUUUGCGGGAGUAGCGACAGUGGACGGCAUUGAGAUUGGUUACUGCAAUAGUAUCAAGAGAAAAGCUGAACCCAAGUAUGACUGGAUGAAUCAACUGUUUGAAAAAAAACCCCAAUACCUCCAGUUGUUUUCCCAAAAGUGUCAAAUCAAUCAGCAUUUCUUUAAGUUCAGCAUAGGAGACUUCAAGAAACGUUUAAACCAAAGUGAAGAAUAUCAUGUUCUGCAAAGCUUGACUGGCUGCGAGUGGGACGACAAAAGUGGUGAAAUCAAAGGCUUCAAUCAGUACGGUUAUGAUGGAGAAGACUUCAUGGCAUUGGACCUGCAGGCUGAGACAUGGAUUACUCCAAAACCACAAGCUUUUGUGAUCAAACAUUUGUGGAAUGAUGAUAAAGGGAGAAUACAAGGCAACAAACAUCUCUACAUGUCAACAUGCCCUGAAUUGCUGCAGGAUCACAUUAAUUAUGGAAGGACUUUUCUGCUCAGAACAGAGCGUCCUUCAGUGUCUCUCCUCCAGAAGACUCCCUCCUCUCCAGUCAGCUGUCAUGCUACUGGAUUUUAUCCUGAAAAAGCUGAUCUGUUCUGGAGGAAAGAUGGAGAGGAGAUUCAUGAGGGAGUGGAGAAGGGACAGAUCCUCCCUAACAAUGAUGGAACCUUCCAGAUGAGCUCUGAGCUGGAUGUUUCAUUUGUCAAAGAAGAGGACUGGAGUAGGUAUGACUGUGUGUUCCAGCUCUAUGGACUAAAGGAAGACAUCAUCACCACACUGGACAAAGCAGAGAUAAUGACAAACUGGGUUUCUCCUUCAGAGUAUCCAAUUCAUCAUCAUGCUGGUAAAAUAGCUAUUGGAGUAACUGUUGGAGCAACCAUUGGGGUGGUUCUGGUGUUCAUUGGAGUCUAUUUCCGUGGCAGAAAAAGAUAUGAUUUCCUGGCUGUUCGUGAUUUGUCUUUAUAGAUCAUCCAGGAGAAGAAGAUGGUGUAUAUCAAGUUAAUGAAGUCCAAAGCAUCUAAAGGAUUUUGUUCAGCUGAUAUACAACAGAUCUGUACAUAAAGGCACCAAAACGCAACAUAAAUGGAUUAAAAUAUCAAAGUAUCAGCGUACUUCCAUCUACAUAAAGGUGUCAUGUUGUAGGGAUUAUAUUACUGUAGUGACAUGUAGAAUAUAUUCAAGUGAAAUAUGUAAUCCAUGUUGUACUGCUUAUAUAUUCAGACAUUUAUUAAUUUAUAUCACCUUAGUGUGACUGCAGUUAAAAAAAAAAAAAAAA